AUGUCUCCUGCUAUAGUUUUGGACUCAGGAUCGUUAACUACCAAAGCUGGAUUUGCUGGGGAAUCUUUUCCUAGAACAAUAAUUCCUACAACAGUUGGACGAUUUUGUCAAUAUGGUCUCAGCGAAGGCAUCUCCGACGUAUACUUUGGUAAAGAAGCGAUGAUAAAGAGAGGAAUUUCGAAGUUAAUAUGGCCAAUUAAAGACGGAGUGAUAAAUGACUGGGAGGACAUGGAGAAACUAUGGCAUCACAUAUUUUACACAGAACUUCAUGUUGCGCCAGAAGAGUCACAGUUCAUGAUCGCUAUACAUCCUAUGACUUCAGAAAAUGAUAAAGAAAGAAUGGCUGAAAUAUUAUUUGAGUCUUUUACAAUUCAAGAAUUGUAUUUGGCUACAUCAAGCCCUUUAGUGUUACACGCUAGCGGCAGAACUUCAGGAGUUGUCUGGGAAAAUGGUUACUCAUGCUCGUAUGCUUCGCCGGUAUUUGAAGGAUUUCCUCUAAAACAUGCAACAGUUAGCUCUGAAAUAAAUGGAAAUGUUUUGACAGACCGACUACAAUAUCUACUGAGUCAAACAGGAUUUUUCUUUACGACUGCGAUAGAACGAGACAUUUUGGAAAGAAUUAAGAGAGAAUUGUGUUAUGUAUCACCAGACUAUAAUAAAGAUUUAACAACUUCGAAACUUUCAAACGAUAGCAUUUCUUUUAAGCUUCCAGACGGUCAGAAUAUAUUUCUAGGUUCAGAAAGAUUUGAAGUCCCAGAAAUACUCUUUCAGCCAAGUUUACAAGGGUUCGAUUGUCUUAAUAUUGUCGAUGUAAUCUGUUCAAGUAUUUACAAAUGCGACUUGGAGUAUAAAAGACUCUUCUUUGAUAAUAUAGUAAUAUCAGGUGGAACGAGUAUGUUCAAAGGUCUACCGGAACGCUUAAGUGUCGAGUUAUCUAGAAGAAUAAUAGAUCAGCCAGGAAUAAAAGCGAAUAUCGAUGCAAUGUCUUCAAGAAGUGUAGCAGCUUGGACCGGGGGAUCUAUUCUGGCCUCACUCAAAAGUGUUAAAGGCUUUUGGAUGACAAAACAAGAAUAUGAAGAUGGUGGGGCAGAAAGAGUUCACUAUAAAUUUUAUUAAAUGAGGUUUGAUAAAGG